AUGGCCAGCGACCGGGUCUACGGCGUGACGCCGCCGCUGUCCCUGACGCUUCCGACCGAGGCCGAGAAGCGAUGCAGCGAUGCGUUGAUUGAAGAGCUGCGACGUCAAAAGACAUUCGAGAGCCCGUCGGACACAGAGAAACGAUACAAAGUUCUAGAGUCCCUGCAACACAUCUGCAACGAGUUCGUCAAACGCGUCGCAAAAGCGAGGGAGCCCAAGAACGACAUCCUCAUCAAGAAUGCGCGCGGAAAGGUGUUCACGUAUGGCAGCUUCCGCCUGGGCGUGUUCGGACCUGGCUCCGACAUCGACACGCUCAUUGUCGCCCCCAAAUACGUCACCCGCGAUGAUUACUUCGAACACUUCCCCAAGAUGCUCGUCGACAUGGCUCCCGAGGGCGCUAUUACCGACCUGACCGUCGUCACCGACGCAUUCGUCCCCAUCAUCAAGUUCGAAUACUCCGGCAUCAGCAUAGAUUUGAUCUUCUCGCGCAUCAUCCAGAAGCAGCUGUCGCCAGACUUUCAAGAUCUCAAAGACUCCUCCCUUUUGCGCGGCUUGGACGAGGCCGAGUUGCGUUCCCUCAAUGGCACCCGCGUCACCGAUGAGAUCCUCCAUCUCGUGCCAGAACAGAGCACUUUCAAACUCGCGCUCCGUGCCAUUAAGCUCUGGGCGCAGCGACGCGCCGUCUACGCGAAUAUUAUGGGCUUCCCUGGCGGUGUGGCCUGGGCCAUGCUCGUCGCUCGCGUCUGCCAGCUGUACCCCAAAGCCGCCACCGCCGUCAUCGUCAACAAGUUCUUCCUCAUCAUCAGCCAAUGGCGCUGGCCGCAGCCUGUCCUCCUCAAGCCCAUCGAAAGCGGUCCUCUGCCCGUCCGCGUGUGGAAUCCCAAGGCAUACAAGGGCGACUCGUUCCAUCUUAUGCCUGUUAUCACGCCGGCUUACCCAUCCAUGUGUGCAACCUUCAACAUCACACGGUCAUCCAUGACAAUCAUCAACCAGGAGCUGCAGAGAGGCCUCGAAAUCACCGAGGCCAUCAUGGUAGGGAAACGACCCUGGAGUGACUUGUUCGUCAAGCACACCUUCUUCACCGCCGACUACAGGUACUACAUCUCCGUCACCACCGCGAGCAAAGACAAGGAGGCCCACAAGGUGUGGUCUGGUUAUGUCGAAUCCAAAGUGCGCAUGUUGGUCCAAAAGCUGGAGACGCACCAGUCGAUCGAUCUGGCGCGCGCCUUCAACAAGGGCUACGACCGACGCCACCUCUGCAAGAACGACGAGGAAAUUGCGCAGGUCCAGGAGGGCUGUCUAGACUACCUCAUGAAACCUGACGACGAAGUGCCCACCCCGGCUGCCGCUGCCACACCGGCCCCCGAGACCGACGCCGACAAGCCCGUCGAGGAGUCGAAAGAAGCCGACGGCGCAGCGAAGCCCGCUUCGCCCACUGUAGUGUACACCACUACUCACUAUAUUGGCCUGCAACUGCACAAAGAUGCAAAAGCCCUCGACCUUUCCUACCAGGUGGACGAAUUCAAAUCUCUGUGUACUCACUGGAAAAAGUACGAGGAGGAACUGAAGUCUCUGGUGUCGAUUGGUAUUCAGCACGUCCGCAACUCCAACCUUCCGGACGAUCUAUUCGAGCCGGGCGAGACGAAGCCACAGAAGAAGAGUGCUAAGGGUGCUCUCAAUGGAAAGAAGCGCGCCCAACCAGAGGACAACACGCAACCUCCCGCCAAACGACAGCAAGCCUCUGUGGUCGCAGCUGGCUGA